AUGGAUGCUGUCAUCUGGUUCUUUAUUCUGCUCUCAGCUCCAGUGGUGGAGCUGGUCCUGGAUAAACCAAAGAGGUCCACGCUGAAUCAGCUCACCAGGAUGCUCCUACGGCAGUAUGACUGUGGCGUCCGGCCUGUCGUCAACUGGACGGACACCACUGUGAUUUACAUUGAUUUCAUCAUACAGUCCAUCCUGGAUGUGGAUGGACAGAACCAGAAGUUAACAACAAGCAUCUGGUAUCGGCAAAUCUGGACGGAUGAGUUCUUAGUCUGGGACCCCGAGGAGUUUGAUGGCAUAAAUGAAAUCUCACUGUCAUCUGACGCUAUUUGGGUUCCUGACGUCAUUAUCACCGAAUUUGUGGAUGUUAGCCCAACCUCUGGAGUUCCUUAUGUCUAUGUCAACUCCUCUGGAACCAUCAAGAACUACAAACCCAUCCAAGUGGUUGCUUCUUGUGACUUGCAUCUCUACGCUUUUCCUUUUGACAAGCAAAACUGCACCUUAACAUUCCGUAGCUGGCUGCACUCUGUGAGAGAGGUUGACCUGGCCUUCUGGCGUGACCCUGAAGACAUCGCCAGUGACAAGCGAGGGUUCAUGAGUGACGGCGAGUGGGAGCUGCUGUCCGUGCCGUCACGUUACUGGAGGCUACAUGUGGACGACCAAGACUAUGCCCAUAUUCAAUUCAAUGUGCUCAUUCGGCGGCGCCCGCUGCAGUAUGUCGUGGGUCUACUCAUCCCCAGCGUCUUCCUCAUGAUAGUGGACGUCAUCAGCUUCUACCUGCCACCUAACACAGGCACACGGAUAUCUUUCAAAGUUAGCAUCCUCCUGGGCUACACUGUCUUCAGGGUCAACCUCAUGGAUGAGAUCCCUGUAACAGCUCUCAACACUCCCCUCAUUGGGGUCUUCUUUGCGGUGUGUAUGGCCCUUCUGGUUCUGAGUCUGGCCAAGUCCAUUUUGGUGGUGAAGCUGCUUCACCACAAUGACAAGGAGGUGAAGGAAAUGUCCAUCUCUGCCUGCCUGCUAGACAAGUACGGCUCUUCCAGUCAAAGCUUUGGAGAGAGCAUGUUCACAUCGGUGCGGACACUAGACGAGAUGGACCAGAGCAGUGGUUUUGAGUUUGAUCUUCCAUCAGACGAAGAUCUCGUGUCACUCAGCGAACCCCCUAGGUUCUCACUACGUCUGGAGAGGCUGCUGUAUCAAAUAACCACUAUCAGGUCCUACCUGCAGCAGGUGGAGGAUGACGGCUCUUCCCAAUCAGACUGGCUGGCUCUCUGCUAUAAAGUGGACCGAUUCCUAUUCCGCCUCUACUUGGUCGUGUUUGUGGCUUACUCCACCACUCUGGUGUCGCUCUGGGGCAGCUGGCGUUCUGUCUGA